GCUCAUCAUGUGUAGACAUGAGGUAAUUCAGACGUUCGUCGCAUGCGCCCUGCAUGUGUACAGGAGUCGUUGCCAUGAUUUCUUACCGUCACAUGCUGCGUUAGCAUUUGGCUAUCGUACGUCAACGGAAGACUGCUGGAUUGCAAAAAGUCCUGCUGAUGGUACUCCAAGAAGACCUGUUUUAUCCGUCAGUGCAAGAAAAAUUAAAGAUAAUGCAGCAGACUGGCAUAAUUUAAUGAUGAAAUGGGAGAGACUGAAUGAUAAUGGAUUUACUACAGCAAACAAAAUAGUCAACAUGAAGAUCAGUGAGAAAUUUCAAGACAACAAACUGGAGAUAGCAUGUGAUAACAGUGCCACAGAAUCUGAAAAGCCAACUCCAAAAUACAACGAAGAACUGGACAAUUGCUGUGCAGAAUUACUUGAGACCUUAAAGCAAAUGACAAAAAUACAACUGAAAAUGGAAAAGCUUUCUUCGACUACUAAAGCAAUCUGUGACUUGGAAACAUUCCACCAUGGAGCUGGGAAUUGCACAGCCCCCUUCUUUCAUACAUGGCCCACGCCAUACUUCUAUGAGGUUUCUCUGAAGCUCUCUGAAAUAUACAAGAAGGAACUACAACUCAAGCAAACAAUUGUACAAGAAAUUGCUCAUACUGCUGACCAGGAUCUGAUGAUGGUCUAUUUGUCAUCAUGGUUAUACCAGCCUUACAUUGAGAACAGCAGCAAACUACUACUUGAAGCCAUGCUGCUGGAAACAGGACAUAGACAGUGCUAGAAUUUCAAAUGUUACAUGGCUUGCUUCUAAUGAUGCUUACAUGAAACCGAAAUGGCAAGUUGCAAGGCUUACCAAGCUGGGAAUACUCUAUCCUCAUUUUCACAGUCUGGGAGAAGGUACCUGAAUUUUCAACAUUGAUUCCAACUCCUGAAUCAGCAAGUGA